AAAAUAUUGCAUACUAAAAGUACAUACAGCCUUUUAAACGUCUGCAUUCCAAGUCCAAGUGCGAACCAUGGACGGCCUGCCACUUCGUCUUCAUCUCGGAGAGAACGCUCGAGCAACUCGGCCAACCCCAGCGUGCCGUUUCUUCAGUCGGGGAACAUGUCGAGACGGGAACAACUGUCGCUUUUCUCACGUUGCAUCAAGCGAGACGGCGACGAGGGGACCGGAAUCCAACACCGCUACAUCUCAGACAGACACCCGGUCACGAGUUAUAUGUCAGUUCUACUUGAGAGGCUUUUGCCGCAAUGGCAGCACAUGUCCUUAUGCCCACAAUAAGGACGAUGGCGUAAACCUACAGAUGCCUCAAAAGGAGGAAGAAGACAAGCCCGACGAUUGGGUCAGAGAGGUAUUUGGCACUAUUGCGCACUUUGGAGGCGGUGCCCGAGUUCUGAAAAUCUCUCUCCCGUCAGACUUCUCUGCUGUUCAUCUGGGAAUGCUUCCACCUGAAGCGUCCAUAACCUCUAUCAUCGCCCUCUUAUCGGAUAAUGGUUUCACUGUCCCAAGGCAGUGCAUCCGUCUCAUACCGCAGGGAAAUUCGAUGCAUCGCAGCGCCGAUGUCCGCAUGGAGGACGAUUCGUUCGCCAAACGCCUGUGCUCUAAGCUGGGGGGCAAAAUGGACACCAGUGGAAGGGUUCCUAAUGUUACGGCCGUCCCUAUAACCGCUUCUAUGCCACAGGGGUCAAGUUCAAGACGGGUGGACUCGAAGAAAGUGCACUGUUCCUGGCAUCGACCCUCCCGUGUUGUGUGGCUGAAUUUUGGAAACGAGAGCAUUGCAAAAAAGAUUCAUGAGAAGUUCGCUACCGGAAUCUACCGAAUACUUGGCCGGGAAGUCCAAAGCAAUGCUCCAAGAGGUAGCGAUACCAGUGGACAAGCCUGGCUUCGCAACCCGCUAGCUUGGACCAUCGUGCUCAACGAUGUCCCGGCCAUGGCCUCUGCGUCUGAUGUGAUUCAGUCAAUUCCACCAUCCAUACGCCCACGACACGUUGAACUGGGGAAGCCAACGUACGACGUCAACAUUGCCGCGGCAAAUACUCUGGUGAAGUCGAUGCUCGCGGAUAUUGGUCCACUGGAGUGGUGGGAAGAUGCGACCGGCCUGGGAGGGAAACGCGCCAAAUCCAAAGCUAGGUUCACAGACGAAGCGGAUGCCAGAAAGGCCGCGGCUUCAUUGAACAUGGCAACUCUACCAUUCGGCAAGAAUGUCAAGCUAACCAUACAGCUGGUGAAUUCGGCAAAAUGGAAGGUUUUAGACAUGAUUUACAAUGCUGUACGUGGUCAGCUGGAAACAGAAAUGGUGACCUGGAAGGUACAAUACUUGAUAUUCAUCGCAUACGAGCCUAUUCAUGGACAUCGAGUUCUCAAGUUGGAAGGGGAAGAUAACACAAAGGUGGCGCAGGCUAAGAACACGAUCGAGAACAUUCUUGGAGGUGAAGUGGCUACACAUGAGGGCAAACCGAUCUGGUCACCAUCAUUCGGCUCCAAUGGACAGGUUUGGAGAGAGGUCAAGGCCGUCAUGCAAAAACUUGGUGUUGUCAUUUCCCGGAACAGGAGAAAGUCGUGCUUGCAUAUAUACGGCCCCUCUGAGCUGUGCAUCGAAGCCCAGAAAUUGCUAGCCAAUCUUGCCAUCCAUGAUACCUCCACAGGCCAUGCGAUCGAGCUAGAUCAGCAGAAGUUUGUUUGGGCUUGCCGAGGGGGGUUCAAGCUGAUGUCGGCUGCACUUGGGCAAGGCAUUGUCACACUCGACAUCAUCUCGACACCGAAACGACUUUUGGUAACUGGCUCAAGUGAAGACUACAAAUCCGCAUUGAAAAUGGUUAAUGAUCAGAUCACCUUGGAUCAGUCAGAACUCGCCGAGAAAAACGAAAAGGAUUGCACUAUAUGCUGGACUGAGACUGACAAUCCUGUUGUCACACGGUGCAAUCAUACUUACUGUUCAGAAUGCUUCGAAACGUUUUGUUUCUCUGGGGCUACUGGAAACAAGGACUUGUGCAUCCGCUGCGAAGGCGAUUCAAGCCAAUGCAAGUCAGUCCUUGGUCUCGAUGAGCUCCAGGAGUAUCUUUCGUCGAGCACAUUUGAAGAUUUGCUGGAAGCGUCUUUCAAAACGUAUAUCCGUCUUCGCCCACUCGACUUCUGCUAUUGCCCUACGCCCGACUGUGCACAGGUGUAUCGAGCGACCUCCAACACUGCUUUGUUCACCUGCCCAGAUUGCCUUGCGGCUAUCUGCACGAAAUGCCGCGCAUCCCACCCAGAUAUGACGUGUGCCGACCACAAAUACCAUAUUUCAGGUGGCCAUGAGGCGUUGGAGAAGGUGAAAAAGAAGUUGGGCAUCAAGGACUGCCCUAAGUGUAAGACACCGAUGGAGAAGACUGAAGGGUGUAAUCACAUGACCUGUGGAGGCUGUGGGAUUCAUAUCUGCUGGGUGUGUAUGCGAACCUUCCAAGAGGCCACGCUUUGCUAUAAGCAUAUGAACAGGGAGCAUGGUGGAAUCGGGUUGCAGAUACCAGACCUUUUAUAAUCAACCCAAACUUCUUUUCCCAGGUGACUUGGAUUGUUUACACCGGAACGAAUGAAGUAUUGUAUUAACGUCCCACACCCACAUCCGGGACACUCCCACAUGUGGGACGCCCUAAAAAUGAUGCUGUAUAUUAU